AUCAGUUUAUCCACACACACUGUCACGUCAGCUGACUGCUGCUUUGAAGAAACAGAGGGCAUCGCACAAAAUGAGUAGAAUUAAACAGCAUAGAGGAGGAUUUUGCAGAAGGAAACAUAAUGCGAGUGUUUAGCUGUGCACAUGUGAUAGACAGAUAAGGAGAGAGAGGAGAGGCUUAAACAGAGAGACAGGAAGAGUCCAGUCAAGUGGCUGCCGGCUGCUGGCUGCAUUUACAGAACUCCUCUUAUCAGAUUUUGGCAGACACAGAGUCAGACAGGCUGAGACAGACAGGCACACACACACACACAGGCAUAUAUAAACUAGUCAUUGAAUAUAUCAUAAAGGACAGUUUUAGAGGAGAGACAGCCACAUAUCACAUGAGGAAUGUGCUGUUCUCCACACGGCGUUCUGCUUUUUUGAGCUCGUGACCACUCAUCACCACAGCUCCACUGAGGCGCAGGAAGCGAGGAGGAUCCUAAAACAUCAAAAAAAAAAAAUCCAAGCUAAGUCUGUGUAGGAGAGAGGACAGACAUGCACAGGUGCUGCUGCUGCUGCUAGAGAGAGGAAAGAGCGCAGGGAGAGAGAGAGAGAGAGAGAGAGAAGAAGAAGAAGGGGGAGCAGAAAGGGGAGGUGUAGGAGGAGACUUGCUUCAGAGGGGAAAAGGAGCCGGAGAGCAAUUCCAAAACAGCUGUCCGGCAGACGUCCCAGUCGACAGGAGAGCAGCCCCGAGGCAGAGACAGGAGGCAGGGCAGUGUCAACAUGCCACAGGAUCAGCUCCGCAGCCUAUGAACACACACAGACACGCACUCAUCAGACUUGAGGCUGCAGUGAUCAGGAGAGCAGCAGUCAUACCUGUGAAGGAUCAGGAUCUCCUCAUUGGAUUAUCUGAGGUGAGUGAGAGCGGGUAUAGUCUUUAUCCUAUGCUCUGUAGUCAGGAUAAUGUUGCUUGUGUUUGUGAAAAUCUGCAGCAGGACAGAAUUGCUUAGUAACAGUCAAAUGUGUGUGGUAAGUUGUGCUUGUGCAGGAGUCAGCAGACGUGUAACACAAGAGCUGAACUGUUAAGAGCAACAUGAUACCCCCUCUGCUUCCCAAAAGAGACAUUUUCAGCAUGUUCUUCAAAAAUGCAGAGCUGGAUUUCGCUUUUAUCUCCUGAGGGGAUGUUUUUACCGGCAUAUCCAGAGGAAAGGACAUCGUCUCUUUUUAAUACCCGGUAUAUGUUGACAUUCCCUUCAUGUCUCAUACGCUUCGAAUCGGCUUCCUGCUCAUCUGUGCCAAGGAUAACUCUGGCAAGUGCCGGCCAUGCUUGUGGGUGGCACGAGGGGAGCGAGAAAGAAAGACGGAACAAAUACUCCACCCUGCCAUUCGCCACCAGGCCCCCGAAAGAGAAGCCUUUGCCUAUAAUUGAGGUUUUUUAUGUAACAAACAGUUCGCUCUAUUCUGUAAGGCUACCAUUACCCUCUGUGGUAUGUGCUUUUUAUAACAGCCUCAAAAGAGAGGGUCUUUCUGCUAUGUGAGUGCGUGACAGGAGUCAAGGCCAGGGUGAAAUGUUAAAGGUGUGCUUUAAAACUUCUUAAAAGUGGCUUUCAGGAAACAUUUGGGGGGAUAGUUUGAUGAUGCUGCUCUGACCACAUCUCCUCCAGGAGUACAGCGUGUUAUUUUUUAACCACACUAAUGUGAAAUGACAGCAGUGUAAUCCCAUCACUCCUGGAGUAUUUAAGUGAUGCACGGGUUCUAUUUUAAAGGAGCCAAAUACAGGUCAUAUUUUGAACAGCAGCUCUCUGCGGACACUCCUCAUCCCCAAGCAUCAUCAAACUGUAGCAUAUAUUUAGGCUACAGUAGUGUUACCCGGCCUCCAAAAAUAUACUGACCCAGUUAUAUCACACGUGACUUUUAGGUGUCCAGAAAUACCCAGACAAAUCACGAGCUGUUGGGUUAAUUAGCAGAUACCAACCCCACAUUUAUCUGCCCCCCAGAGGCAGCUCAAGUACACACGGUCUUCACUCAAGUAGGAGAACGGCUCAUUGGGUAAAAACAGGACUCUGGUUAAGGUAGGAGGAAUGACUCAACUACUUUAGUGAAGUAAAAAUACAUUUACAAACCUAACUUCCCGUCACGUUGUAUUUGGGAGACAAUCAACUUCAAAUCAUUCAGCAAACGAGUAACUAUCUUUCAUGCUUCCUUUUCAAUAAUACCAUUUAUGAUUUAUUAUAUGAAUCUUUCAGUCUUCAGCUUUAAGAUUAACUCAACCUUCAACUUUAGCGACAGAAACACACUAUCUUUCUUCACAUGGUUUUCACACCACCACAGGUGUAAAGGUUAAAAGUUGACACUCUGUGGUCUCAUCCGUGGUCUUUACUUGUGUUCACAUGAUAAAAAGCUGGAAAACACUGUAUGACAUCAGUCUCGCUUAAACAAGCAUUUUCCAGGGGUAACUGUGACGGCCUCAUACACUUUUGUGUUUUCAAGGCCAUGUGACACCGAUAUAAACGUGUGACGCAUCAAUCUCUGUGUUCAAGUGAGCAGUUUUAUGGAAGUGAUAUUAAACGGAUGUUAUCGCAGAUUAAUAGUGGAUAACAAGGAAGUGGUGACAGCAUUAAGUGUUUCGGGUCAUGAGACUAACAUUGAAGGUCCUGUGAUGUGGCUAUCGCAUGUGCGCAUUCUCUUCGUGGUUUGAUGUGCAAAUCUUCUGCUAUGAAACUUUUGCUCUGAGUUUGCCAAACACCAUCAGCAGUGUUGACUGCUAGGCUUCCAUCCGUGUGGCUAUAGUCGACACAGGACGCCUAUUAUCUUUGUCUCAAUACAUCAUGUUACACCUGUUAUGUGUUAAAUACCUUGAUGGAUACACCAAAAAUGAAAAACGCAUGUUCUUUGAGUUCAUAGUUCUGUAUCUUGUGGGUCCUCUAAUGCAAUGUUCAAUCCAAAGUCUACUUGUGUUAUUGAAAUGAAAUCCCUGGAGUACAAACAUGUCAGUUUUCUAAUCGAGUUUUUAGAUAAAUUUGAAUUGACAGUAAACUGGUUUUGAAGAUUUAAGGUGGUCACUCGCUCACAAGGUUGAGUGCAAAAAGGUCUGGGGUUUUGGUAACAUUUGACCAAAGAUAAAGGGGAAGCUAAACGCAAAAUAACAGAACCUCCAUGGCCAAGGUCAGAGCAAGAAUCUGCAUUUUUCAUCAAGUUAAACUACAAUUUCCUCCUUUGGAUUAAUAUUCUUAGAUGUUUUGCCAAAGGACUUAAUGUCACAUUAGCCUCAGAGGACAGAGAUGUUUAAUUCAGUUCAGACACUGUUACUUCUGAAGCAAUGAGGACAGAACGGUCCAGUCAAAAACUAAUACCAUCAUGACUUUCCACCAAAUGACAGGAAAGGCUAUAUAGUGGAAUCAAACAGACUCUGGUAGUCAAGGACACUCUAUAAUGGGACCAAUAUUAAAAUAUAAUAACCCACUCCGAGUUGCAGGCCAUCCAUUUCUGUCAAAACCACCUUCAUGUUGGGGAGACAGUGUAGAAAAACCACUCAUAAUUUCCAUAAAAUGAUGAGGAAAAAAUACAGAUUUAAGUGCUUAAAAAGAUUUAAGAUGUAAAACUCUCUAAUUCUCACACUAACAUAAAAUAAAUGAUACCUCAGUGAAAUCUAGGUUUAUAUUUCUACUCCUCCUGCCCCCUUUUUUCAGCUUUCCUCACCUCUUCCAGAAUUUCUGCCUCCCUCCACUCUCUGAGCACCAACAGAUGAGGCAAAGCUCCUCUUUUAAAAGGGCUGGCCUGGCUCCAGCUCGCUUCAUGCCCAGACAGAUAGCUGUUGCUGACCCAAUAACACACUGGCGUCCAAAUCCAGCGGCUCUUAUUCUGUCUGCCCAGGAAAGCUAUCUAGAAAUGUAGGUGCCAUUAGAUCCCCUCUUCCCCAGAGGUGUAAAUGAAGCCUGAGAUCACGUUCUGCCGAGGUGACGCCAACAGGGCCUGGGCAUCAACACGUGACUUAGUGGUGUCUCUUUGGAGUGGAUCCAAGGGGAGGGUGCGAAUCUGGCCUUGGCUUUGAUAUGUCCCAGAAUACACCUGCUGCACUAUUCACAGCCUGCAGAGAAUGAGAUGACUGAUUGGGUCAGUGGGCCAGAGGGCUGCUGUAAUUGAUUAAUUUCCCCUCGUGCCAACACAAGCUUAACCAACACUAUUCUGACUCUUGAUAUUCACUGCAGGGUUAGAUGCUAAUUCACCAAAGCUCUGAUUAAAUCAAAUGUGUUGAUCCCUAAAAAAGACCAGCAUGAUGAUAUUGUUUUCAUCGUACUUUGGCCUCUGGAAUUCCACUCAUGUUCACCAUUUAAGCUGAACUGAGCCACCCGCAGGAUGGCUGACGUGAAGGUCAGACCUCCAGGCUUUCACAAACCAUCUGACUUCUGACAGGCCACAAGUUUUGACCUUGGGUGGGAUCCAGAGCAGAUGUCCCCCUGUGUGAGCUGCAAGAAUUAGAUUCCUCUUCAGCUUGUAGUUUUUGUCCAUACUAUUGACCUCAACCGCCUUUGAUAAUGCACAAGGUUUGCAGUUUUUUCUGCCACAGUAGAGCAGAUUGUCCACACAGAGGGGCAGACAUUAUAAUUUCAUCAGUGCAGAGCAAUAAUCAAUGAGGACUGUGUGGAGAGGGACAGGAGGAGUUUAAGUCAGAAGUGCAGCAGUGACCUUCGAUUCUUGGACAGAGCCACGAGGGUGCUAGUAUAGAUCAACGAAUUCUCACUCUGAAUACAUUGCAGCUUGCUCAGGGACUGUAAACCAUAAGGUCUGAUAAUACGGAGCUCCUUUUACACAUGCACCAAACUUUACCAAAUUGACUCUGGUGAGUUGAACGAGCUCAUGUGAUCCUAAUAAAGACAGAUCUAAACAAGUGUUUUCCUUUUACUUUAGUGAAAGUGUUUUGUUAUUUGUGAUCUAAGCCACAGUCACCAUAACAGUUUAAAGAUCCAAAUGAUGAUACCAUCAUAAUGAUUUUAAAAAUCUACCAAUGAAAUGGGAUGAAUUUACUUUUUAUUUUUUCAAAAAUAUAUAUUUGAAUAAGUUCAGCUUCUUGAAAGAAACUUCUUGUUGGAUUGGGAGGUUUUUUUUAUUGGUCACAAGUGAUUCAGGUCUUAUGUUUUGUGUAAUAUCUUCAACUGAGCCCUUUUCUGGACAUGUCAGGUAAAUGUGGGUCAAAUUCAGCCUGAUGAGACAUAUUUACUGGGAAUAAGACCAAAAGACUUCUGUACUUGAGUUUUUUUUUUUUUUUGCAGUGUAAAGCAUGGUUAUUUCCCAUGCGAUGUCCUUACACUGCAUAAAUAAUGCAUGAAGCUCACAGAGCUUAACCAAAGACAAAGCCUACAUUGACAUUUUGUUUGACAUGUGGCUCAAACUCUACUGGCUGAAAGGCCUGUGUCUGUCUAACAGUUACAACCAUCCACCAUUCUUGGCUGACUCUAACACUCUCUAUACAAACUCACUAGAUAUCAAGACUAAACAAAAUGUGAAAUGGAGGCCAGUGUCCAAGAUGAUGCCAGAGUGACAUGUGGCUUAUCCCAAUUUGAAGUGACGGGCAGUGAUAAAAGUGCUAUAUGAAAGCAUGUGUGAGUGAGAAGUGGCAGAAUUUCUAUAUCAUGCCAUGGCAAACCUAUAGGCCCUAUAGACCAGUCAGACUUUACAGGUUUAUCGAGACAGACCAAUAAUCAAUAGAAACUUUUAAUUGGACGUAUUUCAUCCAGAAGUGAAGCAGUGACCUUCAUUUUUAAGAAAUGUUAGUGCAGACAUGAAAACAUGCACUGUGAGCCCACAGGAAGCAGCUUUUGGCAUUCUGGUGUGAUUCUUUCACUCUCUAUCUGAGCCUGAUCUCCCUCUGCAGCGAGCAUCAGCUGUCAAGGUCAGACAGGGCUGGGGAGCAGCAGAGAAAGACAGAGACACCAAAGCAAAAGUGGGAGGAAGAAAAAAUCUAGAGCUAAACAAGUGAAGGAUUUGCUGCACCCCUCUCCCAUCACCACCCUUCAUCAAACACUGCAGCAAACCUCUCCUCCCUCCUUUCCUUUCCCCUUCUCUCAAUUAGCAAACAAACACGUUCCCCCUCGCACACAUGGCCUGCAUUCAAAACUGCUAUCUCUCACCUCGGGCUUUUACUCACACUCACAUCAACACUCGAAUACACAAGGACCCUGAGAGAGAGAGAGAGCGGUGAUGCCAUUCAGCACACUCACACAUGUUCUGCAUCCCUCACUGUUUGUCGUCACUAUAUAUAGCAGCUCAGUGCUUACAGAGUGACAGGUUUAUUUGUGUUAUAAGGGCAAACCCUAAAUUGUACCAUGUUGUUACUGUACUGCAGAGUGCUGCUCCCAAAAACAAGAGUCAAAAGCAGUAAAGAAGGGUAACGUUACCUAAAAUAAACACAACUUUUCACCGGUGUAGGCAGAAAAAUGUUGCUCUCUAAGUUCUUUUGUAAGAAGAAGAAUGUCUAGUGUCAAAAACCUGCAGAAGUGAUUCAAAGUACUGUGGCCAUUUGUGCGAUAAAACAAGAUUUGGGUUGCAUGGUAGGAAAAAGUAUCCUUAACUGUAAGCAUCAUUUACUCAGUAGAAUCCUUAAGGUGAAAAAAGCUCUUCGUAGUGGCAUUCAGUGCGAUGAUAUUAAUCUUGAAAUGAGCGCAUAUACUCAUGAAUCCUCAGACGAAAGCAUGCUGUUGUAAUCUCAACUUAAUCGACUUUUACUAGAAAUGAAAAGAUAGGAAGACACAUUGAUUAACUAAAAAUUCAGAUAAGUAAUUCAACCAGUGAGAAAGAGUUGUGAUCCUGAUUUUUAGAUGAUGGUUUUCAAAGCAACAGAAACAUUUAGCACAAACAACUAUCAGGCGGCAAAGACGUUUCAUAUGAAAGAAAGUCUGGUGACAGUGGCCCUGGAAAGACCACUUCACAAGUGCUUUAUUUCCACACCUUUUUUUAUUCAAAUGUAAAAUGUUAUUUUUCAGGACAAUGAAAACUAAAUUAUCUCAAAGGCUUAGGAAAUAACCUUGCUUGUAUUAUUCUGUUUGUUUUACUAUUAUUCUCAACGAAAUUAACCUUUAAAAAUACAAGUUGGGUUUUUAAAGGUCUUGGAGGAAAAAGGAGGAAAUGUCCAGUAGUUGGACAGAUAUAGCACAAUCUUAUAACUGUAUUUUAUUUCAAGAUAAUUUACAAGUAAAUUUUACAGCUCUUUUCACUUCUAGCAUGCUAUUCAGGUUUCGCUUAUGUCUUGAAAUAGGAAGGUUCAUCUUUACUAGUCAGGUGAAUGUGGUGUAAAUUAAGCGUGAUGGCAAAUUUGAACUGAAUUUAGAUGAAUGCAUUUGUUAAGAUUUGGGUGUUUUGCACUGUGGUGUGAUCUUUUUGGUUAAAUUACACUGUCUUUUGUCCUGUAUGUUUUUAAAAAUAAAAUAAAAAAUGGUAACAUACAGGAAAAUGUCUUUUCUGACAACAUACUGGAGUGCUUUGGGAGGAAAACCUCCAACAUGUGGUCCUUGGCUUCAUAGUCUUAACAUAGUUUUAACUUUUGGUAAAGCUAAAUUAAGAACCGGCUCUACGGGAAUAUAUACUUGGCUUUAUGGUUAAAAAUAAACAAUGAAUGGCAUCUGGAAAGGAUGAAAUGUCUGAAAUAAGAAAUUCUGACUUCUGUGAAACAGUUCAUGUUCUUGACAGUGUUGAUCAAACAGCUUUUAAAUCUGCUGGCUCAACUUGUAAGAACUAAGUCACUUAGUGAUAAAGUCUGUCUUAUGAGAAACUACCUCGCAACGAGCGAAGCGCUUUGACAUAGAAACCACUUAGUAAGAAGAGCUGUGCUGUAUCUCUCAUGAGGCUUUUCAUCAAACAGGUUGGAAGCAGAAGAAUCCAUGUUGAAAAUGGAUGUCAGUGAAUGUUUUCCAGCCUGCUGUUUGGAUUCAAAUCUGCAGCAAGUGUGCGUCUCUGUGUCUCCUCGCUAAUGCUCCUGCUGAAUAAACAUAGCCUACUUAAAGUGUCUCUGAUAAGGCUGAUGCUGUGUGUCUGUAUGGGGUCGGUUGCAGCAGGAAUGUGGAUGUUUUCUUAGUGAAACCUUUUCGUUCUGAGGUUGGGGGGGUAGGGGGUGGACUUGACCGCCCAGGAACUGUCUGUGGAACGGUGCUCUUUUAGACGGUCACCGCUGACAGACCGCUCAUAAGUAAAUAUGUCUAUAAAUGGGCAAGCUCUCUCUUCACCGGUGCUCUCUCUCCCACCCACCCAUCACACACACACACACACAUGGAAACACACACAUAAACGCACACUGUCACUCCCUUCCUGCUCUGAGUGGUUUUCUCUUUCUUCUUCUUUAAAAUACUUUCGCUCCUCCGGCCUACAUUUAGCCAGCUGUGGAUGUGAUAUUCAGUUGGCAUGUAAUGGAGAAGCUUCGUCCAAUCAGGGGCCGUUUAUCAGACCCAAUUCCACCUUUAAUGACUCAUCCUAACACACGACACUGGUAUCUCAGCCUAUAUUGAACUUGGAGUCCACCCUCAGCCUAUCAAAGCCAAAUCAAUUCCCAAUCUACACCACCUCCUUUCUCCCUCUGUAAUCCCUCCCCCUCGACCCUUUCCUCCCCUCUUUCUGUCUAUCUUUUGCGCGGGUCUUAGCAGUAGCUCGUUCCUAAAACAGGCUGCCCUGCUCUGAUCCAACUAAAGUCCCGCUUUGCUUCUCUGCUCCCAAUCUGCGCUCCAGCUGUUCCACAUUAGCACAUCCAGUUUUGGAGGCCAGAGGAGGCUCAUGUGUGGAAAUGUGAAUAGAGCAGCAGAAAGCCUUAGACCCAAGAUGCAUCCUCCUCUGUCCUGGCAUCUACACUCGCCAGAUGCAAAACGAGGAUCUUGGGUUUUCUGUAUUUUGUGGGACUUGUUUUGGUGACCAGAUUUCUUUACUUUCCUGAAAGGCAGGUUUUAGGGUUUCGUAUCAGUAGCUGCAGAAAGUAACCUUGAGGAAAUCUAUCAGGGCUGGGUUGGAAAAACAUGCUGACAUUAUUCUUUAUUUGUCUCUGAUUUCAGAACAGAAGCCAUCCGACAGCUCGGAGUCCAGUUUCCCUGAUCGAUGCCGAGAAUGCUGACAUUAUUUUUGGAGUCCUGAACGACCAGCUGAGAAUGUAACUGGAGCUUCUCCCCAGGGGAACUGUAACAUCCUGAACUUUUACAGCAUUUCCGACUUUUUAUCAUCCCUAUCUGAGACCUUCUUCUCCAGUUGCAGCCAUGCCAGCGAAAGCUCCUAUAUACCUGAAGCCCACCAACAGUAAGAAGGGAAAGAAAUGCCGCCUCAGAGAUAUUUUGUCUCCGGACAUGAUUAGUCCACCUUUGGGGGAUUUUCGCCACACCAUCCACAUCGGCAAAGGCGGGGAGAGGGAUAUCUUUGGGGAUAUAUCCUUCCUACAGGGGAAGUAUGAACUAUUGCCUGGCAAAGGAGACGUCCACCCCCAGUAUGGUGUCCAAAGUGAGUUUAUGAGAGCAAACAGCACUGGAGAUGCUUCCUUUGCAGAAACACCAUCUCCAGUCCUAAAAAACGCCAUCUCUCUUCCAACUAUUGGGGGCUGCCAGGCUCUUACUCUUCCUGCGAUCUCUUCUGCUGUGUUCACCAUGCCCCCUGAGCCGCUGGAGGACAUCAUCAGGCCUACAGCUCCCAUGAAACCUGAGACCACAGAAGAGGUAGAGAUCCUGCAGAUGGAAGCCCUGCUGCGCUCAAUGGACGUCUUUGCUAGUGAGCCUUCCUCUCCAUCUCCAGAUAUCCAGUCGAAGCCUGACGUCCUUCUGGACCUGCUGGAGAGCAGACAUAAGUCCACCUCGAAGGCAGUUGCCAAAGCCAACAAAAUAAACAAGAGUGAAACCAACUUUGACAAGCCAUCAUCCUACUAUAUCAGCGGUCACAGCAAUGGCUCCUUCAAAGCUAACGGCAGCCUGAACAGCAACACGAGCAGCGACAGCUUUGACAGCUUUAAUGGCAAAGAGUCCGAGACCAAAAUCUACAACGACAAUGGAAACUGCAACACUUAUGAACGCUUUAAUGAUGAGAUUACCAAUGAAUUCAAGCAGGAGCUCUCCAAGUACAAUGGAGAGUGGGUGGACAGGGACAGUGGGGUGGAGGAGGGCCGCAUCUGUGAUUAUGAGUUCGAGUUUUCCAAGGAGAAGAGCACGUCACAGGAUUCCCUCGCCCAGAUCACGGGGUCAUUCCUUUCCCUUGAACUCGAUCUGGGCCCGUCCAUCCUGGAUGAUGUGCUCAACAUAAUGGAUAAACCCGCAGCAAAGAGCAGGCCUUGAGCUGCACCGAGGCCCCGAGAGGAGAAAGGGAAUUUUAAAACUAUAGCCAUGAGAGGAGAGAGACUCAAAAAGCAAUCAAAAUGGUGUCUGGAUAUAUCAUUGAGAUGAAAUGAGCUACAAUAGACAGAGCUGCUUAUGUUUUUUAUUGUCCAAACAUAUAACUAAUCUAUCUCUCUGUGAAGUGUUCAAUCUUCUCUUUUUGCAGCAUGUUUCAGAUGCAUGUACUCUUGAGUUACAGCUUCAACACAGCCAUCGUGCCUUUGACUGUAGAAAUGAUAGAUUUUUGUUCUGUUGUUGACUUCCACAGUAUAUUCACGACAUGUUUGAGGUCCUUUAUUAUUGUUUUUUUUUUUUACACAGUCUUGAACAUUUUGUGACUAUAGGUGUGUUUAACAAAGCUCUAUUCUGUUUGUCACGUAAUUCAUUUGUCACAUAACCAUUUCAGCAAGAGAACACUAUGCAUAUUUGUGUUUUUAAAACCUGCAACACAAAUAAAUUCAUUUUUGUCCUAUUUUGACUUCUUUCUUACAGACAGUUAAGGCAUGUGCAUAUACAGGUAUAUAAAUAUACAUGUGGGGGAAAAAUGUUAGUUUGAGCCCUUUGUCCUUGCAUAGCCAGAGUUUGAAGUCACUGAAAAUGGAAGUUUUCAAUAACCUCUUCCAAGUUCGACUUGUAAAAAAGCCAUUCAGUAUGUAUUUUAGGGACAGCCAGAACAAAAGCUCUGGGAAAUGUUGACAUCACUACUUUGACUUGCAAAUGGCAAUAGUUGCUUAUUUGUUCUAAAUAUUUGCCAAAAUGACAAGCAGUUUAGUCGUCUUGAAACUGUUUGAUUUAAUUGCAUUUUUUCAAGAAACCUACUUUUCAUUGCCUAUGAUUCACUACUUAGUAUGCAGUCUAAAAUACACUGUUUACCGUUGCUAUUUACCCACAAAGACACUAAACAUGCAUGCUAAGUGUUCUUCUGUAGUGAUUUGACGGACUGAUUCCACAUGAUGGCCACCCAUUGACCUGGCAUGCUUUAUGUGGAUGCGUUCAACUGUUGUUGUGGGGACAGAGAAAGAUUCGAAAGCAUCCAUGGUGUGGACAGGAUUUUUUCUUUAAACAGAGAGAAAACAAUCUCUUUUAUUUGAAUGCAUGUGGAUGUAGUCUGAGAAUGAAGGCAGAAAAUCAGAAGGAAGGGGCAACAUGGCAGGAUAAGACAAACAGACCGAUACCCAGAAAAGAAAGAGCUACAGAUUGACAGAAUGAAGGAUUGAAUAGAUUUAUUUUCUCGCCUCGAACAUUCCUCACAUUCUGCCUCCCUGCCCUGCAGUGGGAGCACCGGUGGGCCUUCAUCUGCCCAACCAGGCGCCUGCUCCAUUUGUUUGCGUGUGGACAGGACAGGCAGAGGAGGGGUCUUUGGAAUUCCCUGCAUUCCAGCCACAGAGCACAAGUGUCCAGGACCAGACAUAAAUCAGCUGUUUCAAAUGAAGAGAGCCGGCUUCACUCCUAGAGCCACAAUAUAGUGCAGCGACAAGAGGUUAUAAAACAUGCGCCCGCAAGCGGCAGGGAAACUUUGUUUAGAGCGAUAGAUGGUCCUCUGCCUCUGUCUAGAAACAAUAAAGAUAUGUUGACCCAACAAUGUUUCAGCCUGAAAGAGCGGGGCAGCAGUGAAUACCAACACAUGCCGUCUCUUGAACUCAGCCACCCCUCAGCAGCAGCUCCUCAUCCUGAUCCCUGGUCCCCAUGGGCCCUUAAGUGCAGACACAUGGAGGGUAAGUCAUAACAAGGUUCUGGGCUUAAAGCAGACUCCCCUCAAACAUCCACGUGCCACUUUGUCAUAGUUGGUCAUGGAAAACAAGAUAAGGUCUGUCCUCACUGAUACAAGCUCACUCCAACUACAGCAGCUCAAUCAAUGCUUGGUUAAUGGUCCAUUCGUGAAUGCACAUCUCUGACAGGGUUCUCAAACUUUACUUUCAUCACUUAUCCCAAAC